GUACGUAUGUAUGUAACACAAAAUGAACCCCACGCCACACAUGGUUUUGCAUGAAUGUUAGGCUAGUAAACUUCAAUCAAUGGCAGUCACAUCUUGGUGAAUGUCACAUUCUCCUUUGCAACCAAAUAUAUACUCCUCUAAACAGCUUCCCCUAUCAUUGCCAGCUUCUAGUUCAUUCCUACAAAAAAUGACACCAUCUUCUUUACUCUCCUUCAUCCUCCUCCUAACUUCCCUAACUCUUUCCAUCUCAACACCAAGCCUUUCUUCCAACAAAAAACCCGACAACGAAACCAUCUACAAAACCUCUAAACAACUUUGCAUCGGUUGCACAUACGAAUCGUUGCAGUUUCUAUUUGCCCAGAACAUGGUUCGGGCAGCCAAGUGGGAAAUCCCACUAGGGUGGGAUUUCCAACUCCAAAAAUACGCCCAAUGGUGGGCGGGACAAAGGAAAAGAGAUUGUCAGUUGAUGCACUCCUUUCCCGAGGACGAUUUUAAGUUAGGAGAGAAUAUAUAUUGGGGCAGUGGAUCAUCAUGGACUCCUGUGGAUGCUGUGAACACGUGGGCUGGAGAAGAGAGAUACUAUAGAUAUGGAGCUAAUACUUGUGCCUCGGGCCAACAAUGUGGGCAUUACACACAAAUCGUGUGGAAAACAACUCGACGCGUUGGGUGUGCUAGAGUGGUUUGUGAUAGCGGUGAUGUGUUUAUGACUUGCAACUAUGAUCCCGUUGGGAAUGUUAUAGGAGAACGGCCAUACUAAUUAACAGUCGUGACAUUAGUUUUUGCCAAUUUAGCGGUUGGGAAAGAUUGUGUCAUGUCUUAUUAUCAUUAUAUAUAUAAUACCAUAUAUGUAAAAAAAAUCAUAUUAUUACGUAGUUAAAUGGAUUUAAGUACGAAUGAAAUAGUCAUUUAUCGGAAUUAUAUAAUAGUUUCUUGUGUUGUAUCAGUUUUAUUUAUUAAUAAAAUAAAAUGGCAUAGCCUUAGCCAGUAA